AUGAACAACCAAACCUACUACGAAUUAUACAGGCGUUCAAGCAUUGGUGUUGCUCUUACUGACGCGCUGGAUGACCUUAUCUCCGAUGGCCGCAUCGCGCCACAGCUAGCAAUGAAAAUUUUGUCUAAUUUUGACCGAUCUGUCACUGACAUACUUGCCCAACAAGUUACUGCCAAGUUGUCCUUCAAGGGGCAUCUUGACACUUAUCGGUUCUGCGAUGAAGUUUGGACAUUUCUCAUCAAAGAUGUCACGUUCAAACUUGAUAACUCACAGACGGUCCAAAGCGAACGGGUUAAGAUCGUGUCUUGCAACUCCAAGAAGCCAGGGGAGACUUGA